AUGGAGGCCACGGGGAGAAUUGUACUUUACUUGCUUCUGGUUCUGCUGACAGAUGUCAGCGCACAUUUCAUUGACAUCCCUUCAUCAAUCUACCCCAGCAUCGAAGGAACCUCUCUCCUUCUCCCAGUCGAGACGUACUUCCAGUUGGAUGACGCAGAAAUCCAAGGGACCUGGUCUCACACCACCACCGACGGUGUCCGAACCACGCUGGUGACGUUCACCAAAGACUCCGCCAUCACUGACAUGACGUACCGCGACUACAUCGUUUUCAAAGUGCCCAACAUGACCUUGCUAAUCCGGGAAUUAAACCAACACGACGAGGGAGAUUAUCACCUCAACCUGAACAUUGAGUUUGUCAACCAGUCGGGGCUAGUUUUCAAAGAGGAGAGGACAGUGCGUGUAACUGUUGAUGUUCCUGUAUCCACGCCAGUCAUUAAAAAGACCCCAUCGUACUCAGUGGUUGAGGACAAGGCCAACGUGACGUGGACAUGUUCAGUGGAAAGAGGAACAAGGGUUGUGUUUCAGUGGUUUAGAGACAAUACCCCUCUGGGUGUCAGUGAUAGAUAUCACUUCUCUAAAGACAAAUCCACACUGCUGAUUAGUCCUGUGAAAAAGGAGGAUAAGGGAAGUUACCGCUGCGAGGCGAGAAACCCUGUCAGCCGUGAGAAAUCCCGAGCAGCUGUGGACCUAACCGUUUACUACGGCCCCUACAAUUUGGAAGUGAACUCUGACCAAGGCCUCCGCACAGGGGAAGUGUUCACCAUCAACCCUGGAGAACUGGUCUUUUUCCACUGCCAGGCUGACUCCAACCCCCCCAACAGUUACGUGUGGAUCUCCAAAAGCCGCAACGCCACGCAGAUCAUCACCGAAGGCCCGCGCUUGGAGGUUCUUUCUUACAGACUCGCCCAGGCUGAAGAGUACCUGUGUCGCGCCUUCAACAAUGUGACGCAAAAACAAGACGAAACCCAGUUCACCCUCGUGGUGGCCAGCCUGGGUACAGGGAAAGAGAAGCACACCCAGGAUGACAAUUCUGUAUCUCCACUUGUUGUUAUAGCUGUAUGUUCCUUGUUCAUCAUCGGCGGCAUGCUGCUCAUCUUCUUUAGGAAAAAUUGUCACCCAAAAAGAGUGCUCAUGAGGAUUUAUAAAAGGUCUAACUUCUUCUGCAGACCCAUCUCAGAUCCAAGACGACCGCAUCGAUCAGGCCAUGAGGAUGCAACUGAAGACUUUGGCAUCUACGAAUUUGUCGCCAUACCUGGGAGAAUGGAACCGGCGCAGGCGUCGUGCAGAUCUCUGGCCCGCCUGGAGUCAACUCAGGAUAUGCACACCACAAUCUACGAUGUGAUCAGACACGUUCCCGAAAGCCCCGGGCAGAGUUUGCUCAAUUGA